CCAGAAGCCAGGAAUCGUUCCCUGGGUAGUUAGUUGUAGCUCUCGUUUCCAGUGUGGCUACCGAAGGACUACUAGCAGAGCAGACCUGUUCGCAUCUUGGAUUUAUCACAAGCAGUUGCUUCCAACUCGCAGAUAUAUUCCAAGAAAGGCAGACUGUUGUUUCAGAAGAUGGACGGAUCAUAUGUGUUUCUUUGACAAAGUUGCAGCAACGGCGAAGCCUUUAGAACGGAUACUGGAAAUAAUGUCACAUUUAAAGCCUGGAUACCAAGAAACGCGAGUAUAGUGUAUUUUGAACCGGUAUACUGUGGUGCUACGCUUUAGCUUAGUAACUCUUAUUGAGUGUCUAAUUCUUUUCUACAUCUAAGGAUUUAUAUAUGGUGGAUCUAUCUACGACUAAAAGGACUUUGAAAAGUAAGUGUACGAGAUGGACCAAGAAUAGUUUCUAUUCUAAAACGUACAUGCCAGCUGUCGUGUCGAAACUGAACACGAGCGAUGAUGCCUGUGCUAGUUCAACCAAAGCACCGGUUCUCGAUAGAGUCGUUGGUGGCAAAAGACGACCACCCUGCACCGAAACAGGUUCACAAUGUGUCUGCGGCUGGAACGGCAUGCUUCCCCGCCGAGUCUCUACCGGGUGGCCGCGGCCUGUCCGCUUUCUCGGUCAACCCAGCGUUCAAUCGCCCCCAUCAUCCUACCAUCGUGUCCCAGCAGAACUGUCAUCAGACAGACCCUAGAUCAUUCCAUAGACUUCACGAUAUCCAGGUUACGGCCACGGCAACAGCGGCGACGGGGUUUCCUUCUUCAGUAUGUACCGUACCGACCUCACACUUCCUCGCCGAGUACGGAGGCGGGCUGCCCGUCGGCAUGGCCCCGUCCGCGCCCCGGCACACGGUCGUCCCGCCGCACGGUCUCUUACCGCAACAUUCCAUGUCUCCGAUUCACCCUUGGGUCGUGCCUCACGGAUUCUUACCUCAGCACAGACUACAAGUUCCAGAAGGGGCGCCCGGGUUCAUGUACCCGUUCCGUAAGCCCAAGCGGGUCCGCACGGCCUUCACGCCGACCCAGCUCCUGCGGCUGGAGCACGCCUUCGAGAAGAACCACUACGUCGUCGGGCAGGAGAGGAAACAACUGGCGCAACAACUCACGCUCUCCGAGACACAGGUGAAAGUCUGGUUUCAGAACAGAAGGACCAAAUACAAACGGGACCAACAGGAAGACGAAGGUAGGAAGUCUCCACCCCGUCUGAAGGGCGCGCACCACGUCAACCGGUGGCGGGAAGCCACCAGAGAAUUCGUGCAGUUCCAGUCGUCUGCGUCCUCCCCUUCUGAGCCGGAUUCCUCCAUGUCGCCUAGCUGAGACCAAGGACAUUAUAUCUAGCUGAGACUGUACGGACAUGUAGAAAAUGUUUCAAAGGAGCAAUAAGUGAAAUAUCUGAGAGGAAGAGAUGGUUUUCUGACUUAAAAUGUUUGUUUUUCAAGGCAAAACGGAAUCCCUGCAGUUUCGGUCGUAUGCAUCCUCUUCUUCUGAACCGGGAUUCUUCCAUGUCUCCUUGCUGAGACUGUACGGACAUUGUCAGAGUUUCAGAGGAGCAAUCAGUGAAAUAUCUGUGAGGAAGCCUUGGUUUCUGACACAAAAUAAUUUUUUUAAGGCCACAAAGGAAUUCGUGCAGUUUCAGUCGUCUGCGUCCUAUCUUUCUGAGCCGAAUUCUUCCGUGUUUCACAGCUGAGACUGAACAAACUUGUCAAUCCGUUUGGAAGGAGCAAUCAGUGAAAAAUCAUCUAGGAAGCCUUGGUUUAUCUCUGACACAUUUUUUUUUCUGAAGGCCACAAAGGAAUUUGUGCAGUUUCUGUCGUCUGUGUCACCCUCUUCUACGCAGGAUUCUACCAAGUCACCUUGUUAAGACUAUCUGAACUGUACAAACUGUUUGAACGGAGUAAAGAGCGAAGAACUAUAUGUGAGAGUGAGGAACCUUUGAUUUUCUGACACAAAAUGCUUUGGUCACAAAAGUAUUUGUGACGUUUCCGUUGUCUACGUCUUCUCGUAACCUACUAAGCAGGAUUUUUCCUUGUCAACGGAGACAGCAUGAACUGUAGAUAUGUCCAAACUGUUCAGAAGGGGCAGUCCGUGAUACGCCUGAGAGGAAAUGUUGGUUUUCUGUCACCAAAUUCUUAAAGACCACAGAGGAAUUCAUGCAGUUUCAGUGGACUGUGUCCUUCUCUUAUUUUAGCCGAAUUCUUCUUUGUCGCCAACUUUUGGCACACCCAAACAAUAGAGACAUUCUCAAACUAUUUAAAGGGAUCAAACUGUGAAAUGCAUAAAGAAACCUUGGUUUUCUGAAUGUCUGACCCAAAAUGUUUUGUUUUUAAGGCUGGCCACAUGGAAAAAACAAAAAAGAAAACAUUUGACAAUGACAUUGCACAGAGUCAUCCUUAAGUACAUGGCGACGUGGACAACAAAAUGAAAACAAAUUUGGGCAGAAGUUUGUUGUCGUUUGCACGAACCAAGAAAUUCCGGGGUCAUAUAUUCCUAUAAAAAGGGUGACCGAUGUAUUGUGUGUUGCCCGCAUGUUGUUAUAUCAAUUUGGAAAAAGGCUAAACAAUUUAUGAUAAAGAGAUAUCAUUGUUUUUUUUAAUGUCCAUGUUUUGCGCCGAGAUUGGAAA